AUGGGGAACCGGGGAAUGGAGGAUUUGAUUCCUCUGGUGAACCGCAUGCAGGAUGCCUUCUCCGCCAUCGGUCAAAACGCCAACCUGGACCUGCCGCAGAUCGCUGUGGUCGGCGGUCAGAGUGCCGGGAAGAGCUCGGUCCUGGAGAAUUUCGUCGGGAAGGAUUUCCUUCCCCGCGGUUCUGGCAUUGUGACCCGUCGUCCGUUGGUCCUGCAGUUGAUGAACUGUCCCACAGAGUAUGCUGAGUUCCUUCACUGUAAGGGCAAAAAGUUCAUAGAUUUUGAUGAAGUCCGACAGGAGAUCGAGGCAGAGACCGACCGCGUCACCGGAGCCAACAAGGGCAUCUCCCCUGUGCCCAUCAACCUGCGGGUCUACUCCCCUCAUGUGCUCAACCUGACCCUAGUGGACUUGCCGGGGAUGACAAAGGUGCCGGUGGGUGACCAACCUGCAGAUAUCGAGGCUCAGAUUAGAGAAAUGCUGAUGCAGUUUGUCACCAAGGACAACUGCCUGAUGCUGGCUGUUUCCCCAGCCAACUCUGAUCUGGCCAACUCUGAUGCUUUAAAGAUUGCCAAAGAGGUCGACCCUCAGGGGUUGAGGACCAUCGGUGUGAUCACCAAGCUGGACCUAAUGGACGAGGGGACAGACGCUAAGGACAUCCUGGAGAAUAAACUCCUUCCACUAAGGAGGGGUUACAUUGGUGUGGUGAACAGGAGCCAGAAGGACAUAGAUGGAAGGAAGGACAUCAAUGCGGCUAUGGCUGCUGAGAGGAAGUUCUUUCUCUCUCACCCUGCGUAUAGACACCUGGCUGACCGUAUGGGCACUCCAUACCUCCAGAAAACACUCAAUCAGCAACUGACCAACCACAUCCGAGACACCCUGCCGGCUCUGCGGUCCAAGCUGCAGAGUCAGCUUCUCUCCAUAGAGAAGGAGGUGGAGGAGUACAAGAACUUCAGACCUGACGAUCCAUCUCGCAAGACCAAGGCUCUACUCCAGAUGGUGCAGCAGUUCUCUGUGGACUUUGAGAAGUGUAUAGAGGGCUCUGGGGACCAGAUUGACACGGCUGAGCUGUCAGGUGGUGCCAGGAUCAAUCGUAUCUUCCAUGAACGCUUCCCCUUUGAACUGGUCAAGAUGGAGUUUGAUGAGAAAGAGCUCCGCAAGGAGAUCAGCUACGCCAUCAAGAACAUUCAUGGCAUCAGAACUGGCCUCUUCACCCCGGACAUGGCCUUUGAGACCAUUGUGAAAAGGCAGAUUGGGAAGAUUAAAGAGCCUUGCACCAAAUGUGUGGACAUGGUCAUUUCUGAGCUAGUCAAUACGGUUAGGCAGUGUACCAAAAAGCUGGCUCAGUACCCCAUGCUCAGAGAGGAGAUGGAGAAGAUUGUCACCCAGCACAUCAGGGACAGAGAAAACCGCACUAAGGAUCAGGUGUUGCUGCUGAUUGACAUUGAGUUGUCCUACAUGAACACCAACCAUGAGGACUUCAUUGGAUUUGCCAACGCUCAGCAGAGGAUCAGCCAAAUGAACAAGAAGAAGACAGCUGGCAAUCAGGAUGAGAUCAUGCCGGAGAGAGGAGUUAGCGAUCGGUUCAAGGUGAUCAGGAAGGGCUGGCUGACCAUCAACAACAUCGGCAUCAUGAAGGGAGGAGCCAAGGAGUACUGGUUUGUCCUCACCGCCGAGUCUCUGUCCUGGUACAAGGAUGAUGAGGAGAAGGAGAAGAAGUACAUGCUGCAGGUGGACAACCUGAAGCUGAGGGAUAUUGAGAAAGGCUUCAUGUCCAGCAAGCAUAUUUUUGCCCUCUUCAACACUGAGCAGAGGAAUGUGUAUAAGGACUACCGUCAGCUGGAGUUGGCCUGUGAGAGUCAGGAAGACAUUGAUGCAUGGAAGGCCUCCUUCCUCAGAGCUGGAGUUUAUCCUGAACGUGUUACGGACAAGGAAGGAAAGAGUGAGGGUGGUGAUGAAAAUGGCUCUGACAACUUCAUGCACAGCAUGGACCCUCAGCUGGAGCGGCAGGUGGAGACCAUUCGUAACCUGGUCGAUUCGUACAUGGCCAUUGUCAACAAGACUGUCCGUGAUUUGAUGCCCAAGACCAUCAUGCACCUCAUGAUUAACAAUACUAAGGAUUUCAUUAACGCUGAGCUGCUAGCCCAGCUGUACUCGUGUGCUGACCAGAACACACUGAUGGAGGAGUCUCAGGAGCAGGCCCAGCACCGUGAUGAGAUGCUGAGGAUGUACCAUGCCCUGCGAGAGGCCCUCGGCAUCAUUGGUGACAUCAGUACAACCACCAUAACUACUGCCAUGCCGCCGCCUGUUGACGACUCCUGGCUGCAGGUGCAACGGGGCGGAUCUGGUGGAAGGUCUCCAGCCACCAGCCCAACUCCGAACCGCAGGGCUCCACCGGGACCCCCUGCCCGACCAGGAUCUCGUGGGCCCCCGCCUGGGCCCCCUCCUGCUGGAGGUCCCCCUGUCCCAUCUCGCCCAGGGGCUUCUCCGGACCCUUACAGCGGACCCCCACCCAACGUGCCCUCUCGGCCUAACCGCGCGCCCCCGAGCGUGCCUAGUCGGAGACCCCCACCUUCUCCAACCCACUAG